UCUUUCCCUGUACCCAUUUCUCUUGUGUUUCUCUCUUUUUCCAUCCCUUCAAAAAAUGAAGUUCCAAGACAAGGAACAUCUAUAUGGGAACAACAACAACAAAAAACAAAUAAUCCCCAAAAUUAUUUUAAUAGCAAUAUUUGUGAUAAUUAUUGUUCUUGUCACCCCUUUAUCUUAUCCUUUGUUUGGUUCAUCUGUACUCUUGAUUAGGACCAAAUCUAAGGCACCAAAUUCAAAUAUUGAUUUGAUUGAGCAAGAAACUUUACCUUCAACAUCUUUGAAAGAAUGUGACAUUUUUAAUGGUGAAUGGGUGCCAAAUCCAAAAGCACCAUAUUACACAAACAAAACAUGUUGGGCUAUUCAUGAACAUCAAAAUUGCAUGAAGUAUGGAAGGCCUGAUUCUGAUUUCAUGAAGUGGAGAUGGAAACCAAAUGAAUGUGAACUUCCAAUUUUCAAUCCUUUUCAAUUUCUUGAAAUUGUUAGAGGAAAAACUUUGGCUUUUGUUGGAGAUUCAGUUGGUAGAAAUCAUAUGCAGUCAUUGAUUUGUCUUCUAUCAAGGGUGGAAUGGCCCAUAGAUGUAUCAUAUACAAAAGAUGAUUAUUUCAUGAGAUGGAGAUACCCAAGUUACAAUUUCACAAUGGCUUUUUUUUGGUCACCUUUUCUUGUAAAAGCAAAACAAGAAAAUUCAGAUGGUCCAACUCACACUGGUCUCUACAAUAUUCACCUUGAUGAAUUUGAUCAUAAAUGGACAUCACAAAUUGAAGGUUUUGACUAUGUCAUUAUAAAUGGAGGACAUUGGUUCUUCAAACCAAUGGUAUUCUUUGAAAAAGGAAAAAUUGUUGGAUGUCAUUAUUGUCUCUUAGAAAAUGUCACCGACUUAACAAUGUAUUAUGGUUAUAGAAAGGCUUUUAAAACAGCAUUACAAGCCUUAAAUAGUUUAGAAAAUUAUAAGGGUGUUACAUUUUUAAGGACAUUUGCACCAUCACAUUUUGAGAAUGGGUUAUGGAAUGAAGGUGGAAAUUGUUUGAGGACUAAACCAUUUAAGAGUAGUGAAACAAGAUUAGAGAGCACUAAUAUGGAAUUAUAUAUGAUUCAAUUGGAGGAAUAUAAAAUUGCUCAAAAGAAGGCCAAAAAGAAUGGUUUGAAGAAAGUUAGGUUGUUUGAUACUACACAAGCUAUGUUAUUGAGACCAGAUGGACAUCCAAGCAGAUAUGGACAUUUGCCAAAUGAAAAUGUUACAUUAUAUAAUGAUUGUGUUCAUUGGUGUUUGCCAGGACCUAUAGACACAUGGAACGAUUUUUUACUUGAAAUGUUAAAAACGGAGCGUGUGAAAUUUAAGGGAGAAAAGAAACCUCAAAUAGUUUGAUAAUUAGAUAAAUUAUAAAUUUAUUGUAUAAUCUAUCAUUGUUGUCAAUUUUUUAUUUUAUUUUGUAGAGAUCAAUUUUAUUGUUUUAUAAUACAAUUGAUUAUUCUUAGUAGUUAGGAAAACAAAAAUUGAAUCUUUUGUAUAGUAGAAUAUGUUAUAUUAUAUGGGCUCUUUGUUUUUUGUGGUAGCAAGACAUUAAACGUGUGGUAA